AUGGAAUACGAAAACGAGGAUCUUCUUGGGUAUGAGACAAAAGAUGAAACUGAAACUGAAGCUGAAGCAGCGCCUCAAAGCAGCGACGACACUCUUUACUGCGAGGCCGAGACCCUUAUAAACCCUGAGAAAGAGAAGACCAAUCAGGAAGAUGCCGAAACAGACCUGGAGAUUGAAGACACAGAAAAGUUCCUCACCAUCGGACAGAAGGAACUGUACCUGGAAGCCUGCAAGCUGGUGGGCGUCAUACCUGCCUCCUACUUCAUCCGGAAUAUGGAGGAGCCCUGCAUGAACCUCAACCACCAUGGGCUGGGACCCCUGGGUACCAAGGCCAUUGCUAUAGCCCUAGUGUCCAACACGACCAUCCUCAAAUUGGAGCUGGAAGACAACCGCAUCACGGAGGAGGGCGUCUUGAGUCUGAUGGAGAUGCUGCAUGAGAACUACUACCUCCAGGAGCUGAAUAUUUCUGACAAUGACCUUGGUUUGGAGGGCGCCAAGAUCAUCUCCAAUUUCCUCCAGGAAAAUAACUCCUCACUCUGGAAACUGAAGCUUUCAGGAAACAGCUUCAAUGAAGAAUGCGCUGCCCUCCUUUGCCAAGCCCUGUCGUCCAACUACCGAAUUAAGACGCUGAAUCUCAGUCACAACCAGUUCUCUGACACAGCAGCCGAGCACCUGGCGCAGAUGCUGGCUCUCAAUGUAGGGCUCCAGUCGCUGAACCUGAGCUGGAAUCACUUCCACAUACGUGGAGCUAUGGCCUUAUGCAAUGGUCUCCGGUCUAACGUGACCCUGAAGAAACUGGACGUCUCCAUGAAUGGCUUUGGCAAUGAAGGCGCUCAGGCCCUUGGGGAUGUCCUCAAAAUCAACAGCUCUCUGGUCUACAUAGAUCUCUGUGGCAAUGGGAUCAGCAAUGAUGGGGCCUCCAAACUCAGCAAGGGACUAGAAGUCAACGAGAGCCUCCAAGUGCUGAAGAUUUUCCUGAACCCAAUAAACGCCGAGGGAGCCACGUCACUUAUCCUGGCCAUCAAGAGGAACCCCAAGUCCAAGAUGGAAGAGCUUGACAUCUCUAACGUACCGGUAUCCGAGCAGUUCUCCAAAAUACUGGAUAGCGUGUGUUCCACUCACCCGCAGCUCGAUGUGGUGUUCAAGGGAUUGCAAGGCCUCCCUACAAAGAAAACCCUGUUCCUGUGGACCAACCCCAUGAGACUGAUCCAGAUCUACGCAGAUCAGAACAAAAUCUCAGUCAUGGACUUCUUCAAGAGCUUGACCCCUACGGGGUUAAUGACGAUGCCGGUGGGCGAGUUCCGGAAGGCUAUGGUGCAGCAAACCAUGGUCCCCAUCAACCGGUACCAGGUGAGGGAGCUGAUCAAGAAGCUGGACUGCAAGGCUGGCAUGGUGAACUUCAGUUCUCUUGCAUAGCAGAGCUUCAGCCAAACGCUACAAUGGAGGCCAAAGGAGCUCCAACUCCCACAGCCCAGAGGCCCAGGGGGCUAA